UAAAUUUUAGUUUUAACUUUGAUUAAGACUCAGAUCAUUUACAGCUUAUAUUUUUGGCCGUUAAAAGUAUUUCACUCUUAAAAGUCGAAUGUUUGUUUUUUUAACAAAAUCAUGAUCAUUUUCUGUACAGUUUUAGUGUUGAUUUUAUAUGCAAAUCUUGUAUCAACAGACAUCGAGGAUCUAACAGAACAACACGAAAAAGUUGCUUACGGCUAUUCGUAUCAUGAACCAGACGAAUAUCCUUUUUUCGUUUCUCUUCAAGAAAAAUAUCCCUCUAGCACAACAGGAUACCGUCACUUUUGCGGUGGAUCCUUAAUAGGUAGGCAAAUCGUGGUAACAGCAGGUCAUUGUGUUGAAGAUGAAGAUGACAUUGAUGAAAUUCGGAUUUUACCAAACUAUCGAAAUUCGCCUUUUAUAGAGGAGUGGGAUCUAACCUUCAAAAUUUCACGUUAUGUGAUACAUCCAUAUUAUAUGCGGUCAAACAACGUCUCUAAAAAUGACAUUGCUGUUAUACUAAUGGACCAACCUGAUCCUCGACCUCGUGCAACUAUCAGACUACCCAUCACUGAAACUGUACCUCUUUGUGAACCAGUUACAUUAAUAGGCUUUGGCUUAAUUGAAACCGGUGUGUUGCCAGAUGAAUUGCGGUCAGCGGUUUUAUUCAGGCUUACUGAUGAAAUGUGCAAUCAUUACAACUUCCCUGGUGAUUUUACUCCAGUUUUAGAUCUUUGUACUGCUAAUGCCAUUGGAUCGGGUGUAUGUAACGGUGACUCAGGCGGACCUUUAAUUAGGAAACUUGGUAAUAAUAGUUAUUUACAGGGUGUAGCAACUAACUCAGCCGAUGAAUGUGGCAUUGAUCCCAUUACUAAUUUUGUUAAUGUUCCUCAGUAUUUGACUUUCAUUAAUGCUGCUAUGGUACUAUUAACUCGUGAUGAAUUGAAAUCUAAUCAAAAUGAAUAUGUUCAACAUUCAAUGGACUCAAAUGAUUCAAAUAUGACAAAUGAAAUGGCCGAAUUAAAUUCAUUUAUUGUAUCAUUGGAACAUUAAAAAUUUUGGUUUCUUUUCGAGAUUCAAUUCAAGACAGGAGUCACAGGAUUUUUUAAA